GCUGGAACAGUGAACCAUGGAGCUGUAUUUUGGUGAAUAUCAACAUGUACAGCAGGAAUAUGGGGUCCACCUGAGACUUGCUAGUGAUGAAACCAAACAAUCGAGGAAUUCCCAGCACUCAAAGGCAGGCUCCUACGGUGUCAGUAUUAGGGUCCAGGGGAUUGAUGGCCACCCCUACAUAGUCUUGAAUAACACGGAGCGGUGUCUGGCAGGCACGUCUUUUUCUGAAAAUGGGCCAUCAUUUCCAGCUCCAGUGAUAAACAACCUGCCUCUACAUCCCAGCAAUGGUUCCGUACUAAAGGAGAACAGUGCGGAAGAAUUGCGGCUCCCAGAAAACCCAUAUGCCCAGCCUAGCCCAGUCAGAAACCUGAAACAGCCAUCUCUGCAUGAAGGCAAGAAUGGAGUUCUAGAUCGCAAAGAUGUGUCAAUGAAGCCAUCCCACGUGCUGAACUUUCAAAGGCAUCCAGAACUUUUGCAGCCCUAUGACCCUGAAAAGAAUGAGUUGAACUUACAGAAUCACCAAGCUCCUGAGAGUUGGUUAAGAACAUUAACAGAAGAAGGUACCAACAAUAAGAAGCCUUGGACUUGCUUUCCCAAGCCUAACAGUUCCCAGUCUGCCAGCCCUUCCUUGGAAGACCUGGCCAAAUCCAGUGUGACAGCCAUUCAUCUGUGCAGCUCUGUGGUCAUAGAGGACCCCAAAAAGCAGACCUCAGUGUGCGUGAACGUUCAGAGCUGCACCAAGGAGGGAAUGGGAGAGAAGGCCCUUUCCCCUACCAGGAGACCCCUAACUGCCCACAGUCCACAUGCUCAACCCGACACCAAGAAAACCAGGCCAGAUGUUCUUCCCUUUCGGCGACAAGACUCAGCGGGAGCCGUCCUGGAUGGACCUCGGUCUCGGAGGUCCUCCUCGUCAUCGACAACUCCCACGUCAGCCAACUCUUUAUACAGGUUUUUGCUGGAUGAUCAGGAAUGUGCCAUCCAUGCUGACAAUGUCAAUCGUCAUGAAAAUAGAAGAUAUAUCCCCUUCUUGCCAGGAACCGGGCGGGAUAUUGAUACGGGAUCAAUUCCUGGUGUGGAUCAGUUAAUUGAGAAAUUUGAUCAAAAACCUGGACAUCAGAGAAGAGGAAGGUCUGGGAAGCGAAACAGAGUCAAUCCUGAUGAUAGGAAAAGAUCGAGAAGUGUGGACAGUGCCUUUCCUUUUGGUCUCCAAGGGAAUUCAGAGUACCUGACUGAAUUCAGUAGGAACUUGGGCAAGUCAAGCGAACACCUCCUCCGACCGUCCCAGGUGUGUCCGCAGAGACCACUGGCUCAGGAGCACCGUUGGAAACAAAAUGUGGGCCGCACCUUUGCAAAGCUGCAGGGAGCAGCACAUGGUGCUCAGUGUGCCAACCCCAGGUCUUCCCAGCAGAGCAAAGAUGGGAAGACUCCAGAAGCCAAAGGUAGUCAGGAAAGUACAGCAAUGCGUGCAUCUUCCAUUCCAGCACAGAGUAAAAAGGAGGAGGAAGUAAAAACAGCAACCGCUACGCUGAUGUUACAGAAUCGGGUGGUAACAACUUCACCUGAUUCUGGUGCCAAGAAAAUUUCUGUGAAGACAUUUCCUUCCACCUCAAAUACUCAGGCCACACCGGAUAUCUUAAAGGGCCAGCAAGAGCUCACUCAGCAAACCAAUGAGGAGACAGCCAAGCAGAUACUUUACAAUUACCUCAAAGAAGGAAGCACCGAUAACGAUGAUGCUACUAAAAGGAAAGUCAACUUGGUCUUUGAGAAAAUCCAGACUUUAAAGUCUCGAGCAGCUGGGAGUGCACAGGGAAAUAACCAAGCUUCUAAUUCCUCAUCUGAAGUGAAAGAUCUAUUGGAGCAAAAAAACAAGUUGACCCUAGAAGUGGCUGAACUUCAAAGACAGCUUCAGCUAGAAGUCAAGAAUCAACAGAACAUCAAAGAAGAGAGAGACAGAAUGAGAGCAAACCUGGAAGAGCUCCAAAGCCAACAUGACAAUAAGGUGGAAGAGAACUCCGUGUUGCAGCAACGACUGGAAGAAAGCGAAGGGGAGCUCCGGAAAAACCUGGAGGAGUUGUUUCAGGUGAAGAUGGAACGGGAGCAGCACCAGACUGAGAUCAGGGAUCUCCAGGACCAGCUCUCAGAAAUGCACGAUGAAUUGGACAGUGCUAAGCGAUCCGAGGACAGGGAGAAGGGGGCUCUGAUUGAGAUGAAAAAAGUCCUGAAAGGGAAACAUUUUGCUGACGUGGAAGAGGUGGGGGGGAAAAACAGCAGAAGCACUAAGAAACACCAAAAUUGA